AUGCAACAACCCUUCUUCAAUUCUGCUCCACCAGUAAAUACAGUGAAUGACAAUGCAAACAAACGAACAUUGAGUACAUUCCUUCAACAACAUACCAUGUCAUCUACUCACCCCGUGAUGGCGACCAACAAUCCCUACCUCCAACAACAAAAAAAAUCUAAAAUUGAUUACAUUCAAUUACCUGAAAAAGUCAAAGAUACCAUCUCGGAAAGUGAAAUUUAUUCCAUUCUUUUAAAUUAUGAACAUCGAUUGGAUGUCUUACUCUCUGAAAAGAAACAACAUAUGCGUCAAUUAUUAUUAAAUAAUGAAACAUCAAGUGAAACAUUACGAAUCUAUGUCACACAUCAACGAAAACAAAUCUCAAAAACAGAAGAAGAAUGGAGAUUUGGAAUUCAAGGUGGUAUUGUUAGAACAAGUAGUAAUAUGGCUACCAUUGAACACUACAAAUUUACAAAUUUCUUAAAAUCAAUGAUUAUUGAAUUAGAUAGAAGUGUAUUUUCAGGAGGUGAAGAUUUUAUUGAAUGGAAUUCAUUACCUUCUCAACCUAUGAAGGAUGGAUUUACAUUUACUCGUCGAGUGAAUCUUUCUAAAUUAUAUGAAUUAUAUCCUCAAAAUGUCUAUCCAUUGAAAUUAUUAUUUCAUUUCAAACAAGAUCCUCCUCUCUAUGAGAUUUCAAAUGUGUAUUUGAAGAGAUUGAUUCAUUCCACUGAAGAAUAUAGUCGAAGAGCAAGUGGUCAGAGUAGUGUUGGUCAUUCUUUGGAUUCAUUGGGUACUGGUUCCGGUGUGGGUUCUAUGGGUACUACUGGUUCUAUGGGUUCUAUGGGUACUACCACUACUACUGGUUCUAUGGGUAGUACUGGUAUGGACCAUCAUGAUGAAGAAACCUUUACAUUGAAUCAAAUUCUAUCCAUGAUUUGGGAAUAUAUUACCAAGAAUCGUUUGUAUGAUAGUGAAGACAAAUCCUUGAUUCGAUGUGAUGAAUUGUUGACUCUUAUUCAAGCAUCAAGUACGGGUACUACUAUGGGUUCUACUACGACUACUGGUAUUACUGGUUCUACUAUGGGUACUGGUUCUACAACUACUACAACUACAACAGAUCAAGAAAGUUCCAACUCUUCCAAUCAUGUUGUUCUCUCCUAUACAGAAAUUCUCAAAAAAGUCAAAUCUCUUCUCACCAUUCCCAUCCACUCGACCGUAGCAGAGAUUAUUCAUCCCAUUCCAUUCUCACCAACCAAUGAUGCAAACUUGCAACAACCAUUCACAGCAGCAGGAACACUCUCUCAACAGCAUUCUUCAUUCAACGGUGCAUCUAAAAAAGAUGUUCCUGUUCAAGUGAAUACUCCUCAUCAGGCUAAAACCAAUGCUUCGAUUGAAAAGAUUUUAAAUGAUGAACCCAAUGAAGAAAUUGAAAAUAUUAAUAAGAAUAUUCAAAAUGUCAUUCAAGACAUUAAACAACGAUCUGAAAAGAUGAAAUUUAUGAAGAAAUUUGCAGAAGAUCCAGUGAAUACUCUUCAUGCAUUGAUUGAUUCCCAAACUAGAGAUUUACUUGUAUUGCACAAGAAACAGAGUGUUGAAGAAGCUAGAAAAUCAUCAUUUUACAAACCAAGUGAUUGGAUUCACACAGCAUUAUUUAAAUAUUUGAAAUCCAAUGAAAAGAAGUUUUCAAUGACCAAUAAAUAA